UACAAAUCUCAUGCCUCCAAAUGCUUUAUCUCACAUUAUUUUUUUUGUAUAUGUACAGGUUGGUCGCCAGAGACAAUGGUCUUCCCCCCGCAGCACCUCUUCUAAGAGGUUAUGCUAAGGUGGAACCCAUAACCAUAGCUGAGCUCAACAGUUUUAUCAUGACUUCUCCAUCCCGGGUUAUUGAUUUCAUCUGCACUGGGCAAGUGACUCACAUUGACGUUGAGAAAGGUUGGUGUUACGUUGCGUGCUCUGUGUGUGCUAAAAAACUGGAACGCAUUGUCUCUUCUUUCACCUGUAGGGAGUGUGACACUUCUCAUGCUGUUGGCUCUCUCCGCUAUCGUGUUGAGAUGUCCAUAUCGGAUAAUAGUGGAGAGGGUGUGUUCGUAUGUUUUGAUGGUGUCAUGUCAAAGUUGCUUAGCCUCAAAGCUGCCGAUGUAGCUCAGAUGCUGGCUGCAGAUGAUGUAAACCCAGAAGAAACACAGCUGCCUGAGAUCAUUGGAGAUAUGGCCGGGAAGAUAUACACUUUCCAAGUUAGGGUCAGUGCGUAUAACUUCACUCCUAACCACAAGACGUUCACUAUCACGCGUAUCAUCAGCGAGGGUGAACGUGUUCCACAGCCGGACUUCUGCAACAAUGGAGGCAACAAUGGUGAAGGAGACAAUAACACUGGCGGCGAAGUGGGUCCUGUUAAUGUGGAGAUUGGAGCGAGCACCAGCAAGACGGACCCUCAUGUUGCAGGAACUUACACUGAUGAUGCGCCUGAACAGCUGGGAAGCUCCAGCCUUGAGGUGGUGAAGAAGGCCCGUAUCGCUUAGUUUGGAGUAUGGUUGAACUGGGUCUUUGGUUUUUUAAAGUACUAUUUUCUGCAUGGUUUUAUGUUUUAUUAAAGACACUCUCUAAGACAUUUACAGUGACUGGUGUGUUCUAUCGUUGUUUCCGAGUUUUUGCAACUUUUAAUAUUUCAAAUAAAGUCCCAUUUGGUACAAGUUUCGUUGCAAUACAUUUCUUAUUGGAAUCUAAUAGUUCCUGUACCAAUGAUUGCAUUAAUUUUUUUUUU